AGGAUCUCAUCUAGACCGUUCAUAUUUCAAUCGAACGGGUCACGCGCACCCGUGCCGUGCUUUCUCAGCCUGGGUGAGCGCCGACGACAAGGGUCAGGGGGGAAGAGAAAGCCUCGCGUCUUCACCGGCCACGCGCGCCAUGUCCGAGACAGAAACGGUGGCGGCGGCGCCGGCGGCGACAUCGAUGGAGCGGAAGCCCCGGCGGCUGCGGGGGCACAAGAAGGGCGCCGUCACCUGCUGCGUAGCGUCCUCGGCCCGCCCGGGCGUCGUCGCGUCCUCCGGCGAGGAUGGAUGUCUUUGCUGGUUUGAUUUGCGCACCAAAGAUGUGCUCUUGACCAUUGAGGCAGCAAAUAAACCUAUUUCUUCCCUCUGUUUUAAAUCAGGAAAUGAAGACCAUGUAUAUGUAUCGGCUGGAAAUGAAAUUUUGUCCUUUGAUAUUCGUAUGGGAUCUCAAUCAAAGCCACUGGAGACAUAUACCUACAAUAGAGAUGAAAUCAACCAGAUUGCUGUCAGUUCUAAAGGCUUUCUUGCUGCUGCAGAUGACAGUGGGGAUGUUAAGAUUGUCAAUACCACUCAAAAGUGCUUGUACAAAAGAUUGAGGGAAGCCCACACAAGUAUUUGCAGCAGCGUACAAUUCAUUCCUUGGAGACCUUGGACAGUAAUUACUGGUGGCCUCGACUCAAAGCUUGCUGUGUGGGAUUUCUCCAAAGGGCGAACACUAUUUUCUAUUGAUUAUGGAUCACCUGAAUUGCAAAAUAGCAGUUCUUCGGGUAGUACAGGGCAAUGUUUCAACCCUGCUUUCGUUCACUCAGUAGCAGUUUCUGAAGGGGGCAUUUUAGGAGGGUUGUACAAAGUUUGUGCCGUUGCAAGGGGGGACGGUGCUGUUGAUGUAGUUGAUCUAGAAUAUGAAUUGGCUCCUGCAAAAUCAAGAGGCCCUUCUCGGGCAGGGGGUUCGACCAUGAGCUCAAAAAUAACUGAUCUUGGGGAUGGGAGCAAUAAUCAAUGUCAAGGGAGAAGGAUCCAUUUUGAUUACUCAAUGGGUGGCCAUACUGCAGCUGUCUCCUGUGUAGCAUUUUCAGCGUUUGGUGAGAAGGGAAAGUUCCUUGUUUCGGGUGGUAACGACUCAUCACUCAAAGUAUGGGAUUGGUCCAAAGGAUUUUCUCCUGAAACAAACAGCAAUAGUGAAUUGGUGUUGGAUAUUGAUGUGAAGAAAAAGGUAAAUUGGUUGUGCACUGCCCCAACUGAUUCAGAUAACCUGAUUGUAUGCGACACAUCCAAGGUGGUCAAAGUAUAUAAUUUCCCAUAGAUGGAGAAAUGUGCGGCUUUGCGUUAUGGACAGUUUUCUGUGAUAUGACACAACAUGUUCUCUGGUCAUCAGUGCCAUGUUUGCCCUGACUCCUGUCUCUUCUUCAUAUGAACCUAAGCCAGCUGCAGCUAGACCUGGUGAAAUGACAGCUCAAAUGGCAUAUAUACGACUUAAGAGGCUCUGCAGAAACUAUUGUUCGUAACGAGACAAAAAUUAUGCGGUACUGAAAUUUUGUACUUUGAUGUGCUGCUAGGUGCUAGGAUAGACAUGUAUAUCUUCGUUGUGUUGGCAUUAUAAAUGUAUGGUUUCAGUAUCGAAUGAUUGGGUUUGUGUCGGCAGUUCAUCUUGGGUUUGUGUCGGCAGUUCAUCAAAGAUGGUGAAAUGUGCUUAAA